AUGUUCACCUCAACAUCAAUACUCAAUGUUGUAUCAACAUCCAACAAUCAAAUGUUCAUGCCAAGGAGAGGCUAUGCAUCAAUGGAUGACUACAAUAGGAUGGCUGAUGAUUUUUUAAAGUUGAUAAGUGAUCAACAACACUUUGUUAGUGCAUUGGAUAGAUUCAAUGGAUUGAAGGUGUUGAUGCCUGGAGAGUACAUGUUGAUAAGAGCAACUUGUUUAAAGUUGUGUCAACGUGGUGAUCUAGACAAGGCAGUACCAUUGUACCAAGUGGUCAUUGACAAGGCCAACACCGAUCCCUAUCUCAAAGCUAGUACACAACCAAUUGCACAGGAGGCACUCAGGACUAACCCUGUAUUGGCCAUCGCCGAGCAUCAUGUAUAUCAAGCAUGGCUCAACCUGGCCCGUAUACAUAAUGCAAGGGAGCGUGUAGACAAGACCAUCGAGGCAACAGAGAAGGCAUUGCACUAUUAUCCAGACUCUCUCGAAGCUUUGGUACUCAAUGCUAUGUCCCACAAGCACAAGAAGGAGCCUGCCAGAGGACUCGCCGCCAUCCAGCACGCUCUCAAGUUGGAGCCCAAGGAUACCAGGGCCAGACUAUGCUACGCGUCAAUAUUGUUUGAGCUGGGUCGAGCAAAGGAGUCCAUCGCCGAGAUGCUCUCUGUCUAUGCAUCGCUUCCACGUGACAAUGCACUCAAUGCAUCACAGCGCAUAUAUAUACUGCACAAGGUGAUGGACUAUUACUUCAUGGUGAUCGCCUCAUUGUUUGGUAACAUUGGCAAGAAGAACUUUGCUGCCAUUGAGAGCGAGCUCAGCAAGAACCGUCCAGCCAACUUGUCAUUGAGGGCAACAGAUGUAGAGCAGGCAGUCAAGGGCAUGGAGGAUACUGUAACAAUGCUCAAAUCAUUGGCAAGAGAUAAGAACAAUCAAGAGUUUUUGGAUUACAGUCAAGGACUGUGUACGACCAUCAUUCUGGCAUCCAAAGAACUACAAUGGAGCAAGCAGAACGGUAUCAAAGAUCCCAAUCUCGAGCCAUUCUUUGGUGCCAUCCAAGACUACUACAAGUACAUCUUGGUUGACUUCUUCCAAUACAAGUAG